UCCUCCUUCCAUCAGACAACGUGAAACCAUGAUAAAUGAACGGAACCUGAAUGGAAAACUUCACUUUGGCUUCUCCUCACUUGUUUACCAUUCAUCUCAACCUCCGUUGUUAUACAUUCAACCUUAGCUUUCCUCUGCCAUGACUGGUAAAGGCAACAAAUACUAUGUAGUCUUUAGGGGGAGGAAUCCUGGAAUUUACUAUUCCUGGGAUGAAUGUCGGGCACAGGUUCAUGGCUUCAAGAACAAUAGGCACGAGAGGUACCGAACCCUUGAAGAAGCCCAACAAGCACUACAGGAGUAUUUUGCAAACCCAGAUUCAAUGGAGAGCCCAUCGUCUUCUCAUCCUUGGCAUCAUGUUGAUAGCGAGGGCAUCAGUGGGGGCACACCAAACCUUUCUCAAGCGUCCACAAGUCCUUUUUCACCGGUGCAACAAAACAGCCAGACCAAUAACGAAAGGAAGCCUGACCCAGUGCAUGGAACGUCACAAGGAAGCAAAGGUGACGAAGUUGUCCUGAAGUUCAGCAUGAAAGAUUGCUUGAUAGAGGCAUGUAAAGUACUUGGAAUCGAUUGUCCUGAAUUCUUUGCGUAUCCGGCAAAGAUCAUUAAUGGGUCACCGCACCACAGCUAUAUGUGUUAUUUGAGGUCUGAAAAAAUCCAUGAGACACCUGUUGAAGUUGGCCCUUAUGAGACUUCACCAGAAAUGGCAAUGGAACAAGUGUCUCUUAAGUGGCUAAGGAGGUUGGAAAAUUGGCAUAACUUAUCUGUUGAGGACUACAACCAUUAUACGGUUCAGUUGAAGAAUGAUCGAAUCCAGUGCCUAGAAGCUGAGAACUUCGAUCUGGUCAUGGAAAAUGCAAGCCUGAAGCAACAAAACUUAGACCUUAAGAGGAUGUUGAACCACCUUUGAAGUAAGGAAAAAAAAGUCGCCAGACCAAUGACACAAUAAUGAAGUUUUCUUAUUUCUUCCUUUUGUGUGUGUAAAUAUCGUGCACCUUGCUACAAAGACGUUAUGAUGCUAAGUUUUGUUGUUGUAAUGGGUGUAAUGGCUACUUGUACCUUGUAUGUUUUGCAUGUCGUAAUUUCACGUUUCCUGUUUGUUGACCAUUCCUGUAAUUGGAAUUUCUGCUGACUGGGAUUAA